AUGGUUAGGAGAAAUAACCAACUUCCUCACAAUUUACCUCAAUUGAGAAAUUUAAUUAAGAGGGACCCCUCUUCAUACAAGGAAGAUUUUCAACUUCAAUAUGCUCACUUUAAUUCCAUGUUGGAAUUGUUUCAUCUUCAGCCAGACAGAUUUAUUAAAGACCUUGAUGAUUUAGUCAUGUUUGUAGCACAAGUGUCUCAUUGUUAUUUUCAAGAUUUAACAGAUUUCCCUCAGAAAAUAAUUAAUAUACUAGAAAGUCAUCAUAUGGUCCUUCAUCCAGACAUGCGAUUUGCAUUUUGCAGAAGCCUUAUUGUCUUAAGAAAUAAAAAUUUGUUAGAGCCUACAGAUUUGUUAUCAUUAUUUUUCCAAUUAUUAAGAUGUCAGGAUAAAGCUCUCAGAGAAUUUUUAGAAACUCAUAUUAUUACCGAUAUAAAAAAUAUUAAUGCCAAACAUAAAAACGUAAAACUUAAUACUAGGUUACAAAAUUUCAUGUUUAACAUGUUAAAAGAUAAUAAUUCAAAAGCGGCAAAAAUGUCAUUAGGUGUUAUGAUUGAAUUAUAUAAAAAAAAUGUGUGGAAUGAUGCAAAAACGGUUAAUGUAAUUGCAAUCGCAUGCUUCUCUAAAAUUGUAAAGGUUAUGGUUGCGGCUUUAAAAUUUUUUUUGGGAUCCGAUGAAAAAAAAGAAAAUGAUGAUUCAGAUGAUAGUGAUAGUGAUGAUGAAAUAAAUCCGAAAGAUGUUAUGAUGGCGAAUAGAGUUAAUAAAAAGACUAGAAAAAGAUUGAAAAACUUGGAAAAAGUUAAAAAGCUUAUUAAGAAGAAUAAAAAAAAGAAAGAAAAAGCUCCCGUUUUUAAUUUUUCAGCACUGCAUUUAAUUCACGAUCCGCAAGGUUUUGCCGAAAAAUUAUUUAAAAGAUUAGAAUCUAUGAAUCAAAGGUUUGAAAUAAAAAUAUUAAUGUUGGAUGUAAUUUCACGUUUAAUUGGAUUACAUCAACUUAUGCUAUUUAAUUUUUAUCCUUAUAUUCAACGAUAUCUUCAACCUCAUCAGAGAGAGGUUACAAAAAUGCUGUUAAUAUCAAUAACGGUUUUAGUAACAAAAGAAGGAAUGAGAAAGUAA